AUGGCUACUGUCUCUUCGGUUCUGGCAACAAGCUCAUUCAAGGACACACCGGGGCUCACCUGCGAGACGUACAAAGAGGAAUUUGAACUUGCGGAGCAAUUAGCCGUUAUGAAUCAUCCGCUUGGUACUAUGAAGCUUAUCGGCAGGGGCUAUUGGUGUAAGGAACUAGAGGAGAUCCCGGAUCCUCCGUUGCCCCAGGCCUUACUAGAUUUUAUCGAAACUCUACUGAUAAUUGACCCUGACAAGAGACCCGUGGCGUUGGAUGCGUUACGACAUCCGUAUCUGAAAUCGAUUACAGCUGUGUAG